UUUUAGGAAAUUCAAAUUAAAUUUUCUACCAUGAUCUUCCAAUCCACCCUUCACUCUACCACACAAUUUCAUCCACAUUCACCCAAAUUCCAUGGGUACACCCACUAUGAACACGAUGGUACGGAAGCAAUGGAAGUAUCACUCGCACAUGCACGUUCCCUUAAAUUGAAUUGAUUGGCGUUGCAUUGGGAUCUGGUCAUCUUGGUUCUUGAUCAUUUACAACCUUUCCCCAUUUCCAUCUUCAUCCGACCAGCAAAGACGAGCGAGGGAGAGGAAGAGGAAAGCAGCGUUUACCGUAACCGUUUAUCAAAUCUCCACUUUCGUUAAUGUCAUUCCUCUCUUCCUUCCUCAUCCCAAUCUCACCCUCUUAAUCCUUUGCUUGUACUUUUGGAGUAUCUCACUCACUCACCCUCACUCUCACUUUUUGCAUCUUUCGAUUGUGCAGUUCUUGCACCUUACUUUCCUUCAACAACUACUAGGUAUUCACCGUCGUCCGCCUUGAAAGGCGCAGUCACUCUUUAGAAAUCGAAUCAUCAAGGUUGAAUUCGCAGCAAUAUCAAAUCAAUCAAAUCUAAUAAUUACUAUCGCCUUCUCUACGAAGUACAAUACAAACUUUCAUUGAAAAACAAAAAGUAUUCAUACACACAUACGAUUUGUCACAGAGAAGAAAAAGAAAGAAACAAUGCAAUUCAAUUCCCUGGUUCUCCUAGCAGGAGCAACCAUCCUCGCACCAUUCGUUCAAGCUCAAACUUGGACCACUUGCAAUCCUCUCAAUACAACAUGUCCCAAUGAUCCAGCUUUGGGUACAAACCAUACUUUCGUUUUCAAUACAUCAUCCACAGUUAACGAUUACUUCAACAUCACAGCUGGGUCUCUUUCAUAUGGCGAUGAUGGUGCCGAAUUCACUAUCGCCAAACAAGGUCAAUCACCCACCAUCCAAUCCAAGUUCUACAUCUUUUUCGGCCAGGUAUCUGUGAUCAUGAAGGCUGCAACUGGAGUAGGAGUCGUAUCAAGUAUCGUUUUGGAGAGUGAGGAUCUGGACGAGAUAGACUGGGAAUUUAUUGGAGGUAACACCACUCACGCCGAGACCAAUUAUUUUGGAAAAGGAAAUACUACUUCCUAUGAUCGGGCCAUCUGGUACCCAACACCUACCGAUCCAACAGCAAACUUUCACAACUAUACCGUCGACUGGACUGCCGAGAGAGUUCAAUGGUGGAUUGACGACAAUCUUGUUCGAACCCUCGCAUAUGCUGAUGCAGUCGAUGGCAAGAACUUCCCUCAAACCCCAAUGACAGUUCGAUUGGGAAUCUGGUCCGGUGGUGAUCCCAAGGGUAACAGUAUUGGAACGAUCGAAUGGGCUGGUGGAGAGACCGAUUUUACUAAGGUUCCAUUUACGAUGUACGUGAAGAGUGCAGCAGUUCAAGACUACAGCACUGGUUCAGAAUAUCAAUGGACUGAUAAAACUGGAGACUGGCAAUCCAUCAAAGUUAUCAGUGGUAACUCGACUGUCGCAGAGACUAUCACCAAGAAUGAAACCCCCACACUCUCCAUCGGUGAAAAAUGGGACAACCUUCCUAAGACCACCAAACUCGCAGUCUACUGUGGAGGUGGUGCCGCAGUUGCCGCUCUCGUCUCCGCUUUCCUCUUCACCUUCCUCCGUCAACGUCGCAAUGGCCGCCUAGAACGUGAAGCCUACAACCAAUUGAUUGAAAAGCAACAACAAGACGCCUACAAAGACCAAAUGGAACUGCACAACAAGGGUCUCGGCGGUUUCGACAACAACUCGUAUGCAAACCAAGGAGAUGACGCACUUGGAGGCUGGGGUAACAACCAAGGAACUGGGUACGUUGGACCUAGUGGAAGCGCAAGCGCAAUGGCUAGUGGAAGUCCGAUGGUGCAGGCUGGUCAACAUGGUCCCAUGAGUCCGACGAUGGUUAUGCGAAAUGGGGAGAUGAGCCCACAUAGUGCCGAGUUUCCUCAACCGCAACAACCGAUGUUUGGGGGUAGUGCCAAUGGUGGUGCUUACAUGAAGAUGUGAGCAUGAGAGGAAAAAGAAACAAAGAAAGAACAGAAAAACAAUAGAAGUGGGUGAGACGAACGGAGGAUUGGAGAUGCAAGUGGAGAAAUGGAAGGUGUAGGGAGUUUUUAUGUAAAUGACUUUCUUUACACUGUUUAUAACACAUCGAAAUGGGAAGGUUCGCUUUUUGUUUUCCUGGAAUAUUUAUCUACGUAUGGAGAGAAGAGGAAUCCUCCGCAGCGACAGUUGGCAUAUUCGGCUCGCUUGCUUUAAUUCUUUCUGAUCUCAGAUGUCUCUUUUUAUUUCUUCUCGGGAGCGACGUUACAUACAUGCCUACCGAUUGACAGAGCGGGUUGAGCUCAUCUCUAGAUAUUGCGCGGGUGCUUAUUGUAGAUACCGUAUCUGACGGUCGCCGAAGCUGAAUUGAAGAGAUUAUUACUUUACUUUGUGUUUUUUUCUUUUUUUGAAUUUGUGUUUGCACGUGGUGAAUCUAUCAUGUGUAUGUUGUGCUU